UGGGAAAACAGUGCUGAGAGUGGAUAGUGGGUGGUGCUGUGCCGUGCUGAUACUGCUGUUGAGAUGCUGUGGUUUGCUGAGCUGCACCGCCUUGCUGCUGUGUGCUGUGGAUCGGGCUGGAUGUCUUGGCCGUUCCCGCUUUCCCCCGCGGCGAAGCAGAAUUUGGCGAUGCACCGUACCAGUCCUCUGCGUUUGAGGAACAGGAUCUCACCUGACACAGAAAUCACACCCAGUCUGGACUUAAGCACUGCCACCACAACAAAAGGUAUGUACUUAUCUAGAAACCAUUGCUGUUUAUUGAAGGUAAAGAAAUAAAUUAAGUAUAUUUUAGGAUAGCUUUAGGUAAUCAUAAUAGUAGGCUAUUAUGGUAAAGGGAAGAUAAAAAUAUUUAUAUUUUACACUGGUGGUGUGACUAUAAAAGAAAUUAAUGAAAGAUGAAGGUAUCUUAUCACAACAGUAUUAACUUUUCUGUCACCUCAUCAGCAUCCCUUUGAGUAGUUGAAUGCAAUAAGAGUUGGAUAUCACAGUGUAGGAAGGAUUAAGUUAUUUAUGUUAUCUAGUGUUGGCUUUUCUUGUGAGGUAGGGCCAUUUCUGCAUUGUAACCUUUUAUGGUCAGGCUUUACUCCUGUUCUUUUGAGAGAUGUAGUAUAGAUGAACCAUCCUGAAUCUGCCAUGCUGAUGUUCUGUGUCAUGAUGCUUUAAACAUUUAAGCUGUCUUUUUUUAUUUAUUUUUUUAUUUUUUUUAUUUUUCAUUUAAAAAAAGAGGUUAUUGACAUCACCCAUCACAGCCAGUUUCAAAGGUAGUUCAAUUAAUUUCUGCAGUGUACUUACUCCUCAUGAAAUAUCUGUGAAUGCAUGUAUGUAAUGGUAAUUUGGCUUUCAUACUCCCGUAUUUUUAUGCUGCCCUCCAUUCAACUACUUUGUAUUUAACCCCAUUUCUUCAUGAGACUGCCCUACAUGUGUUCUCAAUCAAGAAGCAUUCAUCCACUUUGUUCCUUAAAGCUAUCUCCAUGAGGUGAUGUAGUCUUAUCCCCCCAACUGAAAUUACAGUGUUUAUGGUCUACCUAAAUCUGUCUCCUCAUAUAUCUGCAAUAUACUUAAUUUAUCUGCUAUGACCUUUCCCUAAAUAAAAUACUGCCCUUAAAUAAGCCUGUGCACUAGCGCUUAUCAAAUGAAGUUAUCAUGCACUUGCUAUUCUAACGUAUGAUGUCACGCACAUGUGUGUUAAUGCAUCUAUAACCAGAUGACAUAUUCAACACACAAACCUUACAUGUGUACGUUUCUAUCAUAAGUACUCUUCACACAUAGCCUUCCUCUACAUGGCCCAUUUCUUUUACAAUGCCUUAUUGACAAUAAUUCUGCCCAUGGAAUAUCAUCCAGUAGCUCAUGUGACUCUCUGUCUCUCUCUGUCUCUCUCUCUCUGUCUCUCUCUCUCUGUCUCUC